AUAAUAAAAUGGAUGAUGUUCUUCAACAUAUAUGUAUUAAUACUACAUAUCUUCAGUAGAAUUAAAUAAAUGGGAAUGGGAACAAUGCUGCUCCAUCAACCCAUUAACUACUGCUGCUGCUGCUACUACUACUCAUCAUCUUCAUCAUUUUCAAAACUCCACAAGUUCAAUUCCAGUUUGAGUUUGAGUUCCAAUUCCAAGAAAGCAUGGAGAAUUAGAGCAGCAGCAGGUGAUGAAGCAGCAGACAAACAAAGUGCUGAUGGUGCUGUUAAUUUUGCCUUUGUUAGUUCAGUAUUGUUCCCAGAUGGAACGCCGGACGUGCAAUACAGAAGGGCCUGCGGAGGCCAGAAGCUUAGGGACUUCAUGCUCGAUAACAAUCUUGAAUUGUACGGUCCUUAUUCUAGACCUUUGCUCAACUGUGCUGGAGGAGCAACUUGUGGGACUUGCAUUGUUGAGGUCGUUGAAGGGAAGGAGCUAUUGAGCCCUAAAAAUGACAAAGAGAAAGAAAAGCUCAGGAAGAAACCAAGAAACUGGAGACUUGCUUGUCAGGCCACUGUUGCAAAACCUCCUCAUCAUUCCACUGAAGGAUCAUUGGUUGUGAUCCAACAGCUCCCAGAAUGGAAAGCCCAUGAUUGGGUCUACGGUAGGGAACCCCCACAAGAUGAAGAAACUGUUUAUGUCUGAAUUUCUAAUUACAUUAAUCUAAUUUAAUUUUAUUUACCAACUUCAUAUCUCA